AUGAUCUCGGGACGUGGAGGAGCCGGCGCUCGGGGAAGGAUUCGUCCUCCUCGUCGCAUUGUGCGUCCAAAUGAAGCUGCCGAGGGUUCCGAUUUCGAGGCUUGCUGGAAGAUGCUAGAUGAAGCCCUGCGCGACAUUCACAUGAAGAAUUGCAGCCGACUGUCAUUCGAGGAGCUGUACCGAGCCGCCUACAAGAUGGUACUUAAGAAGAAAGGCGAAUUGCUUUAUGAUAGGGUCAAAGCUUUCGAGGAACAGUGGUUCGCAGAUCAUGUUAUCCCCAAGAUUCGAGAACUCGUCAGCAAGAGCCUGAUCAACAUUGGCGCCGAACGAACCUCGACGACGUCCGUCAAUGAGAGGCGGCAGACAGGGGAGAGAUUCCUCAAAGGUCUGCGUGAUACUUGGGAAGAUCAUAACAUGUCAAUGAACAUGACCGCCGAUAUUCUUAUGUAUCUCGACAGGGGCUACGCGCAGCUCGAGGCCCAACGAACCCCCAUCUUCGCCACCACCAUCGCGCUUUUCCGUGAUCAUAUUCUACGAUCUUCGCUGAACACGAACACAAAGGGCAAGGUGAUCGAUAUCCUUAUAUCAGUGGUCCUCGACCAGAUUGAUAUGGAGCGCGAAGGAGAUAUUAUCGAUAGAAAUCUUAUCCGAAGCUGUAGUCGAAUGCUCAGCAGCCUCUACGAAACCGAAGAAGAGAAGGAAAACGAUAAACUGUACAUGACAGUAUUCGAACCUCGCUUCCUCGAGAACAGCAAGACAUACUAUGCCGCUGAGUGUGAGAAACUACUACGCGAAUCGGAUGCCGGAGCUUGGUUGCGACACACCCAACUGCGACUGAAUGAAGAAAUCGAUCGAUGCGGAACAACAAUCGAAUUAGAGACAUUACCCAAAGUCACGCAAACAAUUGAUCAAGAACUCAUAGUCAAGCAUCUGUCCGAAUUUUUGGCUCUUGAAGGGAGUGGCCUGAAAUGGAUGAUUGACAAUGACAAGAUUGACGACCUCUCGAUUCUCUACAAACUCAUCUCCAGGGUCGAUUCAAAGAAGACUGCUUUACGAGACAUUUUGCAGAGUCGCGUGGUUGAGCUAGGCCUGGAGAUUGAGAAGGUACUGAAGAACACCGAUUUCUCGUCCGGUCAUGGCGAAGGAGACGAGGCCGGUGAAGGGGAAAAGACAAAGAUCUUGAACCCUGCGGCGCAGCAGACAGCUGCUGCGAUUAAAUGGGUAGACGAUGUACUCCGUCUGAAGGACAAGUUCGAUAACCUCUGGGCUCGUUGCUUUCAAGGAGAUCUUAUUAUCCAAAGCGCAUUAACCAAGAGCUUCUCUGACUUCAUCAAUAUGUUCAGCCGCAGCUCUGAAUAUGUCUCUCUGUUCAUCGAUGACAACCUGAAGAGAGGAAUCAAAGGCAAGACAGAGGCAGAAGUCGAUAUCGUUCUAGAGAAAGCUAUCGUCCUGAUCCGAUACCUUCAGGAUAGAGAUCUGUUCCAGACAUACUACCAGAGACAUCUGGCAAGACGUCUUCUUCACGGAAAGUCCGAAAGCCAUGAUGUUGAAAAGCAGAUCAUUUCCCGAAUGAAACAAGAACUGGGCCAACAGUUCACCAGCAAGUUCGAAGGCAUGUUCAGAGAUCUUGUCACGUCAACAGAGCUCACCAGCGGCUAUCGUGACCACAUUCGUGACCUGGGAGAUGGCAGCGGCAAAACCAUCGACCUUAAUAUCAACGUUCUCACUACAAACUACUGGCCACCCGAGGUCAUGGGCCGAACUACGCAGAUUGGCGAAGGAUCUCGUGUUACGUGCACAUACCCCCCUGAACUGCGACGACUGCAGGCGAGCUUUGAGCAGUACUAUCUAACUAACCGUAAUGGACGCAAGCUCACCUGGAUUGGUACCACUGGCAGUUCAGAUGUCAAAUGUACCUUUCCGGCCAUCCCUGGAAAGUCUGGCCCGCUCUCUCGGGAGCGAAGAUACGAGAUCAACGUACCGACUUUUGCGAUGGUUGUCUUGCUUCUCUUCAACGAUCUUGAGGAGGGCCAGUCAUUAACCUUCGAAGAGAUCCAAGCUAAGACCAACAUCUCAACUCCAGAUCUCAUGAGGACGCUGACAGCUAUUGCUGUGGCACCCAAGUCCCGCGUCUUGAUGAAAGAUCCUGCCAAUAAAUCUGUAAAAGCAGGCGAUAAGUUUUCUUUCAAUGCAUCUUUCCAGAGCAAGACCAUACGAAUCAAAGCACCCAUCAUCAACGCGGUGUCCAAGGUCGAAGAUAAUACGGAACGAAAGAACACUGAGGAGAAGAACAACCAAACCAGAGCUCACGUUGUCGAUGCGGCAAUUGUGCGAAUCAUGAAAUCUCGAAAGGAGCUUUCUCACUCACAGCUCACUAGUGAAGUUCUGUCACAGCUCUCCGGCAGCUUUCGCCCCGAGGUUGCCCUCAUCAAGAAGCGUAUCGAAGAUCUCAUCGCGAGAGAAUAUCUUGAGCGCCCUGAUGAAGAUGACGCGCCAACUUUGUAUCGCUACGUAGCGUAG